GGUUGGACUCAGGCAUCCCGUGGGUCCCAGCCUCCACCCAAGGGCCCGGAGAACCCCCCAGGUGUGUCUCAGAUUCCCUUGGCAAGGGUGGACUCAGGGGUCCAGGCAGAUUCUCCACAGCCCCUACCCAGGUGGACCCUGGUGUCCAGACCUCUCCCAGGAUGACCCCCUCCCCUGGACCCCUCUGUCCUCGGCCCCCUCCAGCUGCAGCCAUGGGGACUCCGGCGCUGCCCCUCAUCGUCGGCCUCCUGCUGCUGCACACGGCUCCCAUCUGUACCCAAAUGGUGACAAUGGUGACACCAGCAAUGCUGCGACUGGAGACGGAGGAGCAGGUGGUGCUGGAGGCGCCGGGGUUGACUGCCCCUGCUGAGGCCACUAUCCUGGUGCAGGACUUUCCCCUCAAGCGUCAAGUGCUCUACCAGAUCCGCAUGCAACUGAGCUCUGACAAGGGCAUGUUGGCCAACGGCACCAUCAAGGUGUCGGCCAAGGCUCUGCCACAGGCAGCAGGGAAGCAAUUUGUCUCCGUGACGGCGCGGGUGGCCGGCAUGACCCUGGAGAAGGUGCUGUUGGUGUCACUCCAGAGUGGCCACAUCUUCCUGCAGACGGACAAGCCCAUCUACACCCCUGGCUCCAUUGUGCUCUGCCGCUUCUUCGCUCUGGGCCACCUCAUGGAGCCAGUGCCCAAGACAAUCAUUGUGGAGAUCAAGACUCCCGACAAUGUCAUCAUCAAGCAAGUGCCUGUGUCCUCGCCGAUGAAGACGGGCAUCUUCUCCCUCAACCACAAUCUGCCUGAGAUUGUCAGCAUGGGAACAUGGACAAUAUCAGCCAAAUUCGAAGACUCACCAGGACGGGUCUUCAGCACCCAAUUCGAAGUCAAGGAGUAUGUGCUGCCAAGCUUUGAGGUGGUCUUGGACCCGAAGGAGAAAUUCCUCUACAUUGAUCAGAAGGAGGAUUUCAAAGUGUCCAUCACAGCCAGAUAUCUGUACGGGAAGCGCCUGCAGGGCACGGCCUUUGCCCUCUUUGGCGUCAUGGUGGACGAUGAGAAGAGGAGCAUCCCCCAGUCCCUGCAGCGCAUCCAGGUGAUCAACGGGGACGGAGAAGCCACGCUGUCCAUGGCCACACUGCGGCAGCGUUUCGCCAACCCGCAGGAGCUGGUGGGACAUUCACUCUACAUCUCCGUCACUGUAAUCACUGAGUCAGGCAGUGACAUGGUGGAGGCCCAGCGCAGCGGCAUCCGCAUUGUGACAUCCCCAUACACCAUCCACUUCACCCACACCCCCAAGUACUUCAAGCCAGGGAUGCCCUUCAACCUUAUGGUUUACGUCACUAAUCCAGAUGAGUCCCCAGCUCCGCGUGUCGCCGUCAAGGCUGAUGGCUUUCAAGGUCUUGCCUCCACCCAGCGUGAUGGUGUAGCCAGACUGGUCCUCAACAUGCCAGGCAACAAGGAUGCUGUCUCCAUCACCGUGCGGACAGACCAGCCGGGGCUGCCUCUGGACCGCCAGGCCUCACGACAGAUGACUGCCGAGGCUUACCGCAGCCAGGGCAGGUCUGGCAACCUCCUCCACCUCGCUGUGGGGGCCACUGAGCUGAGCCCUGGUGACAACCUUCCUGUGAACUUCCACGUCAAGUGCAAGAGCAACGCCGUGUGUGACUCCAUCCCAUACUUCACCUACCUGAUCAUGAGCAAGGGACGCAUCAUCCAUGUGGGGAGACAGCGACACGAGGCUGGGCAGAGCCUGGUCACCAUGUCGCUGCCCGUGACGACUGAGCUCAUCCCCUCCUUCCGCAUUGUGGCCUACUACUACGUGCUGCCCAAUGAAAUCGUUGCUGACUCCGUCUGGAUUGACGUCAAGGACACUUGCAUGGGCACUCAGCUGGUGGUGAAGGGAGCGACGGAGGAUGACAACCGGGAGCAUGAACCGGGGACACCCAUGCGGCUGCACAUCGAGGGUGACCAUAAUGCCCAUGUGGGGUUAGUGGCUGUGGACAAGGGGGUCUUUGUCCUCAGCAAGAAGAACAAGCUCACCCAGACUAAGGUUUGGGACACAGUGGAGAAGAGUGACAUUGGCUGCACCCCAGGCAGUGGGAAGGACAACGUGGGAGUCUUUGCUGAUGCUGGCCUCAGCCUGGUCACCACUGUGAAGAUCACCACGCCACAGCGAGCAGAGAUCCAGUGUCCUCAGCCCACGAAACGCAAGCGCCGCUCCUUGCAGCUCAUUGAGUACAAAGGCACCAAAGCGGCUGAGUACACAGACAAGGUGCUGCGCAAGUGUUGUGAGGAUGGCAUGAAAGAAAACCCCAUGGGCCACAGCUGUGAGCAUCGGACCAACUACAUCCAGGACGGAGAAGCCUGUGUCCGGGCCUUCCUUGACUGCUGCAACUACAUCAAGGGCAUCCGUGACCAGAAGCAACGCCAGCUCCACCUCGAGCUGGCUCGAAGGGCCGGGGCCCUGAGGCCACGAUCGAGAGGAAUGCCGCCAUCCCCAGGCGAGGUGGACGAUGGCUUUCUGGAUGAUGAGGGCAUCACCUCACGGAGCCUCUUCCCGGAGAGCUGGCUGUGGCAGGUGGAGACGCUGACAGAGCCGCCCAAUAAGCUGGGAAUCUCCACCAAGACUCUUCCUGUGUACCUGAAGGACUCCAUCACCACAUGGGAGGUCCUGGCUGUCAGUCUCUCACAGACCAAGGGGCUGUGUGUGGCUGACCCCUACGAGAUCACAGUGAUGAAGACUUUCUUCAUCGACUUGCGCCUGCCCUACUCUGUGGUGAGGAACGAGCAGGUGGAGAUCCGUGCCAUCCUCUACAAUUACUGGACGCAAGACAUCACGGUGCGCGUGGAGCUGAUGCACAACCCAGCCCUGUGCAGCGCCUCCACCUCCAAGUCACGUUACCAACAGAUCCUCAACCUGAAAGCCCAGUCGUCAUGGGCUGUGCCCUUUGUCAUUGUGCCCUUGCAACUGGGGCUACAUGACAUCGAGGUGAAAGCAGCUGUCCGAGGCAAGUUUGUGGCUGAUGGUGUCAAGAAGAAGCUCAAAGUUGUGCCUGAAGGGAUGAGGUUGGAGAAGACGGUGAAAAUAGUCGAGUUGGACCCAAAGACGAAGGGAAUCAAUGGUGUACAGGAAGAGAAGGUGAAGGCAGCAGACCUCUCUGACAUUGUCCCAAACACCGAGUCGGAGACCAAAGUCAGCAUCCAAGGCAACCCUGUGUCCAUCAUGGUGGAGAAAGCCAUUGAUGGGGACAAGCUGAAGCACCUCAUUGUGACACCAGCGGGCUGCGGGGAACAGAACAUGAUUGGGAUGACACCCACUGUCAUUGCCAUCCACUACCUGGACAGCACGUUGCAGUGGGAGAGCCUCGGCUUUGACCGCCGCGCUGAGGCCAUUGACUUGAUUAAAAAGGGUUACACCCAGCAACUUGCUUUCCGAAAAGAUGACAGCUCCUAUGCCGCCUUCAAGGAUCGCCCGUCAAGCACCUGGUUGACAGCCUACGUGGUCAAAGUCUUUGCCAUGGCCAUCAAACUGGUAGACAUUGAGCCAGAGGUGGUUUGUGGUGCUGUGAAGUGGCUCAUCCUGGAGAAGCAGAAACCAGACGGAGUUUUCCAAGAAGAUGCUCCCGUCAUACAUAAGGAGAUGGUGGGAGGCUACCAAGGUGCUGAGCCUGAGGUGUCACUGACGGCCUUUGUCGCUAUCGCGCUGCAUGAGGCCCAAGAGGUCUGCAAGAAGCAUGUCAACAACUUGGACGGGAGCAUCUCCAAAGCCACUGACUACCUUUCCCGGAGGUACCAAUCGCUGGCCCGACCCUACACGGUGGCCCUGACCUCCUACGCCUUGGCCCUGACAGGGAAACUCAAGAGCGAGAAAGUUCUCAUGAAGUUUUCCAAAGAGGGCAAAAGCUGGGAGGAACGUGACGCCCGUACCUACAACAUCGAGGGCACGUCCUACGCGUUGCUGGCCUUGCUGCAAAUGGAGAAGUGGGAGCUGACGGGGCCAGUGGCCCGCUGGCUUGCCCAGCAGAACUACUUUGGUGGUGGCUAUGGAUCCACUCAGGCCACCAUCCUGGUAUUCCAAGCAUUGGCCCAGUACCAGCUGGCAUUUCAGCGGGAGCUCGAGCUCAACCUGGACGUGUCGGUGCUGCUGCCGCGCCGUGCCAACGCCAACACCUUCCGUAUUGAGAACCGCAACGCCCUGGUGGCACGCUCGGCCGAGACCAAAUUCAACGAGGACUUCACUGUGAAAGCAGAGGGUGUGGGCAAGGCAACGAUGACGGUGGUAACCGUCUACAACGCCAAGGUCCCUGACAAGGAGAACAAGUGUGACAGUUUCGACCUGCGGGUGCAGGUAGAGGACGUCAAGACAGGCAAGGAACAGGACGGUGUCCUCCGCUCUGUGAAGAUCACCAUCUGCGCCAGGUUCCUGGGUGACGUGAGUGCCACCAUGUCCAUCCUUGAUGUCUCCAUGCUCACGGGCUUCUCGCCUGACCUCCAAGACCUGAAGAGGCUCACAGAUGGGGUGGACAGGUACAUCUCCAAGUUUGAGAUUGACCAAGCACUGUCGGACCGCAGCAACCUCGUCAUCUACCUUGACAAGAUCUCACACAAGGCCGAGGAGUGUUUCUCCUUCAAGGCCCACCAGCGAUUCCAGGUGGGCUUGAUCCAGCCUGCGGCCGUCACCGUCUACAGUUACUACAAGAUUGACGACCGCUGCACCCGUUUCUACCAUCCGGACAAGGACAGUGGGAAACUGAGCAAGAUCUGCCAUGGGGAUGUGUGCCGCUGCGCCGAAGAAAACUGUUUCAUGCGGCACAAGCAAGAUGUCCCGGUCACCGUCAACCAGCGCAUCGAGCGUGCCUGCGAGCCGGGAGUUGACUAUGUGUACAAGGUGAAGCUGGUGGCAAUGGAAGAGUCUCCAUCCCAUGACAACUACAUCAUGACCAUCCUCUCUGUCAUCAAGAUGGGCACCGAUGAGGACCCCGCAGAGAGCAACCGGACCUUUGUGAGUCACCGUCAGUGCCGAGAUGCUCUGAAGCUCCAGAUUGGCCAGGACUACUUGGUCUGGGGGCUGGCCACGGACCUGUGGGCCACGGGCAGCCGCUUCUCCUACAUCAUCGGCAAGGACACGUGGCUGGAGAUGUGGCCCUCGGAGGUGGCGUGCCAGGAGCCCGACCUUCAGCCCCUCUGCCAGGACUUCAUUGAGUUUGCCGAAGCCAUGACUAUGUUUGGGUGUCCAUCCUGAGCGCGUGCACCUGGCACCCGUGGGUGCCUCCCACCCUGCCCUCCCUUGCUGUUCCCCUUUCCUUCUUUUUUGGAUUAAGAAAAGUCCUUUCUGACAA